GGUGGUGUGGGGGGUGCCGCUGCUGCUCCUCGCGCUCGCAGUUGGAAGGCGAAGCGCGGCUGGCAGUGCCCUCGCCAACUCUCCCCUCGUCACUUAACUGCUGCUGCCUCCUCCUGCACCCUGCACCAACUAAAGUCGCCCACUCUCCAUCCUCACCCAUCCUCCUCGUCUCGUCCGACCGUCACCUCGUCUCGUCCGACCGUCACCUCGUCUCGUCCAUCCGUCACCUCGUGGACUCGUCCGACCGUCACCUCGUCGUCUCGUCCAACCGUCACCUCGUCUCGUCCGACCGUCACCUCGUGGACUCGUCCGACCGUCACCUCGUCGUCUCGUCCAACCGUCACCUCGUGGACUCGUCCGACCGUCACCUCGUGGACUCGACCCACGGACGGUCGGUUCGGAUGUCACAGAUACCCCACAGGACUACGGGAGGUGCCACGGCCAUGUGAACAUAUGAGCACCAUUCACCUGAUCAUACGAUGAGAACGAGAAUCUGGACGUGAGCGUUGUUGGGACCGUGUUCGCUGGCACAGUGUGAGAAGCUUUCGCGCGGAAGACGAUGGUGGCGCACCACUCCCUUGUGCAUUAGCGUUUGCAGCCUUCCCAUAGCGAUGAUGGCCGGUGGCAUGAUGGCAUUCCCAGCGGUGUUUUUCCUGCUCGCGCUCGUCCUCCUGGCGAGCUUGGCGGGAGGUCAGACGAGCGUGCCGUCCACUACGCUGGACUUUGGGCAAGUUCCUAUGGCCACGUACGUGACCGACACAAAUUAUGACGCCGGCGCCAUCGGAACGCUCUUCUUGAUGGUGCACAAGUUUCUGGACCUCGUUCAGCCGAAUGCAUUUCCUCACGAGCUACUCGCCAAAGCAAUGAAGCAAGGUUUUGGAGUCGUGAACAAGGACUAUCACCAGAUCAUCUACUAUGAGCUCGGCUUCAUCGUGUGCGCGGCAUUGGGCGUCGUCUUCCUGCUGCUGCUCCCGCUGGUGGGCUGCUGCCUGUGCAUGUGCCGCUGCUGCGGGAACUGCGGCGGAGAGAUGCACCAGAGGCAGCGGAAGAACGCCGACUGCAAGCGCAGCUGCUUCGGUGCCACGCUCUUCCUCGUCACGCUCGUCAUCGCGGCAGGCAUUGUGUGUGCCUACGUGGCCAACCACAACGUGACCAACACCAUCCGGCAGUCGGAGACCCUGCUGUCGAGCAACUUCAAGGACGUCCGGACCCUGCUCAACACUACACCCGGCCAAAUCGACUACAUCGUUGAAAAGUACAACAUCACGAAGGACAGGGCGGUUUCCGACCUCGACCAGGUGGGACCAUUGCUGGGCCAGAGGAUCCAGAGCCGGCUGGGCACGAAGGUUUAUCCCGCACUGCAGGCUGCCCUACAGAUGGCCAACGUGAUGUCGGCGACGCGCCAGGCACUGCUGGACGUCAACACGUCGCUCUCGGUGCUACGCGACGGCACGGAGAAGCUGCAGAGGAACUUGACGACCGUGCGCAACAGCCUUAACGCGACCCUCAAUGACCCAAUGUGCCAGAGGGCACAGCAGUGCGCCGCCAUGUCGGGGCAGCUCGUCGUGCUGGAUAUCCACGCCGACUUCAGCUUGCUGCAGGACGUGUCCCGGGAAUUGGGGCAGGUGAACAGACUGCUAGACACCAACAUUACAGCGAUGGUUGACAAGGGUUACGCAACUUUUAAUGACACGCCUGAAAUCAUUACACAGCAAACGAGGAACAUUGCUGCAGGCGUGAAGGAUCUACUCGACAACGUGGGCGCCAGCAUAAAGACGACGGCGAAGCAGCUGCCCAUUCAGCUCAUAGUGAACAACGGCACCCAGUACCUGGAGAUGGGCCAGGCGCUGGUGCACAAGCACCUGCCCAUGGUUGACCAGUACGACUUCUACAGGUGGCUCGUGUGCAUCGUCCUCUGCUCGCUCGCGGGCCUCGUGGUGCUCUUCAACCUGCUGGGCCUGAUGUGCGGGGCGUGUGGCUACGACAAGCACGCGACGCCCACCACGCGCGGCUGCAUUUCCAACACCGGCGGAAACUUCCUGAUGGCUGGCGUAGCCUUCAGCUUCAUCUUCUCGUGGCUGCUGAUGCUGGUGGUGACGUUCACGUUCGUCCUGGGCGGGAACGUGGAAAAGCUUUUCUGCCAGGCCUUGGCUGACAAGAACCUCUUUAAGUUCUUCGAUACGCCCAAUCUGUUCAAGCCGAAGCAUCUCUUGCCAGGAGUUCUCUUCAACAAGCCAGACCUGAACAUGACGAUUGAAGGCGUAUACAGUGAUUGCAAAAUGAACAAAGGGAUUUAUUCUGCGUUUCAACUCUCAAAUCUAUUCAACUUGGACAGCCUCCUGAACAUGACUCAGUAUACGAAUGACAUCACAAGCAAAUUUGACCCCAUCAAUGCGAACCUGUCGGACAUGAAGCUGCUGGAACCCAGUGUCAAGCAGAGCCUGUUGGACUUUGCCACGACAGGAAUCGACAAAAUCGACUUCAGCGCAUUCACUGCAGAGCUCAACAAAGGCAUUACCAAGGUUGAUCUGCUUCUAUUUGCCGAUGAACUCAGUGAAAAAGCUAACAACCUGAGCGGGGCACUGGCUAACGCGCUGCGGGGACAUGCGGCGAGCAUCCGCUGGAUUCACUAUAACCAAGUGGUGCUUCUCAACAGCAGCAUGAAAUAUACUGGAGCAAGGAGUACUUUGAACAAGAGUUUGAACUCUCUUCAGAGGACAUCCCUUGCUCUGCAGAGUGAGAUUACCGAAGUCAUUGACAAAUUGGACACUGCCCAGAGUCUCAUCAAUAACAAUGCCUCACAGGUUAUCAUUGGGGAAACGAAGACCUACAUGAAGACUAUAAUAGGAUACUUUGAGAGUUACGUUACUUGGACAAAGUUUUCCAUUUCCAACAAGGUGGCCACCUGCAAACCGGUCUCGAAUCUGGUCGACUCUGUGGACAUCAUUGCGUGCAGCUACGUGAUGGACUCGCUGAACGCGUUUUGGUUUGGCCUCGGUUGGGCGACUGUGUUUUUAAUUCCGAGCAUCAUUUUUGCCGUGAAGCUGGCAAAAUACUACCGGCGCAUGGACACCGAGGACGUGUAUGAUGAUUCAUCAGUCUCGGGGAUCUGGCAUUUUACCUUCUGAUAACCAUUCCUACUUUUUAAGUCGUGUUAUUUUUUGGUUUGUUCCACUUUGGAAUAUUUGCCUCUUCUUUUCUUUUGUAAAAUUCUGCAUGCCUUUCUCAUCGCAACUGCACACUUUUGUUUGUUAGCAAAUGUAAAAUUGUUGUGAGCCUCUUUUCUCAGUUUAUCAUCCACGCUAAUAACGCCACUCUACUUCUCUUCCAUUCAGUAUGCGAUGUGAUAAUACACAUGCAGCGCAUAGAAGUUCACAUUGUUUACGGUUUAGCUUUUGGAGUUUUACCACAUUACGAAUUUAAAUGCUGUCGGGUUUUUUUUCUAUGAAUACUCAGGCCAUUUUCUAGUGAAAUGAAUCUACAAGUAUUUAAUUAAUACGAGAUACUGCAUUUGUUUCUUAUGUAAUACAGAGACUAUUGAGCUGUGUUAAGUGGUUUAAGUGGUGCUAUAGUGAAGCACUCGACUCACUAUGAGAAGGGUGCAAUGAGUUCUAAUGUCAGUUGGGGGGUCGACUCAGCCUACCGUCCCCUCCAGGGUUGAGACAUUGACGUGGCAGUUUCGUAGUAAGUUAAGAGUGUUCAUCACAUGGCCCGUUUCUCGUCGUUUGAAUGUGGAAUUUCCAUUUCUGGCUCAACAGGAGCCAGUAGAGAUGAGUGGCAGUCCCAUUAUUAUAAUUGGUACUAAUAUGGGGGGAUUAUAACAAAGUAAUGUUGGAUUCUAUAAGAGUCCCAUGUGAUGGGGAAUAAAUACCCUUGCAACAAAUUAAUUAAUGUCAUUGGUUUUUAUGUUCUUGUUUAUUUUUUCAGUGGUAUAGACUGAACAAUGCACAUUCUCACAGUGUUAAAAGAUAAAAAGUAAUCAUUAAUUGCCUUAUUUU